UUUGAAGCCUGGAGGAGGGGCUUCCUUACCUCUGUCAUGGCGGGUCUCGCAGCUCGGGGAGAAGCCCAUUGAAGCUCAUGUGGAUGUCAGGACUGAGCAGUGAGCACAGGAGGAAGCUUGAGACACAGUGAGAAGCUAUGACUUAGGUCUGAAGACGGAUCUCAGAAAGAUGGCUGAAGUGACUCUAAAAGAGAUAGGCGUCUUGUCAUGUGUUGUCGUAUUAUGUUACUGGAACAGUCUCUUUUGUGGAUUUGUCUUUGAUGAUGUGUCUGCAAUUCUGGAUAAUAAAGAUUUGCAUCCUGCAACACCCUUAAAGAAGCUCUUCCAAAAUGACUUCUGGGGGACACCAAUGUCUGAGGAGAGAAGUCAUAAAUCCUACCGUCCUCUUACAGUCCUGACGUUUCGCUUAAACUAUCUGUUCAGUGAACUGAAUGCAGUUUCCUACCACCUUCUAAACCUUCUCCUCCAUGCUGUGGUGUGUGUGAUUUUCCUUAAAGUUUGUAGGCUUUUCCUGGACAAAAGAACCAGUCUGAUUGCUGCCCUGCUGUUUGCCGUACAUCCAAUACAUACUGAGGCGGUUACAGGAGUUGUUGGCAGAGCUGAACUCCUCUCCUCUAUUUUUCUAUUGGCUGCGUUUCUAUCGUAUACUAAGUCUAAGGGCCCAGACAAUUCCAUAGUGUGGACUCCUAUUGCUGCUGCUGUGUUCCUCGUUGCGGUUGCAACUCUGUGCAAAGAGCAAGGGAUUACUGUUGUGGGUAUUUGUUGUGUCUAUGAAGUCUUCAUUGCUCAAGGGUACACAUUACCAGUGUUAUGGGACACAUCUGUACAGAUACUGUUGGGUAAAGGCAGCAUCCCAUAUUCCUUACUUCAGACGCUGCUGAAACUUAUCGUCUUGAUGUUCAGUACUUUGCUGCUUGUUGUAAUCCGUGUACAGGUCAUCCAGUCACAGCUUCCAGUCUUCACCAGGUUUGAUAAUCCUGCUGCUGUCAGUGCAACCCCUGCAAGGCAACUGACAUUCCAUUACCUCCUGCCGGUGAAUGCCUGGCUCCUGCUAAAUCCAUCUGAACUCUGCUGUGACUGGACAAUGGGAACGAUUCCUCUGGUGGAAAGCUUCUUGGAUGUGAGGAAUCUGGCCACACUGUUAUUCUUUUUCUUUCUGGGAAGCUUGGUGGUAUACAGUGUACGAUAUCCAGGCGACUCAUCCAAAACUGUGCUUAUGGGACUGUGCCUAAUGGCACUGCCUUUUAUACCUGCCUCAAAUCUGUUCUUCCCUGUUGGAUUUGUAGUCGCAGAGAGAGUAUUGUAUGUGCCAAGUAUGGGAUUCUGUAUCCUUGUAGCCCAUGGCUGGAAGAAAUUAUCAAGUAAAAGCAGCAGAUUGAGAAAGCUAUCCUGGAUAUUUUUAGCUUUAGUGCUGUUCACUCACGCCGUGAAAACCUUCAACAGGAACUGGGACUGGGAGUCUGAAUAUACUUUGUUUAUGUCUGCUUUAAAGGUGAAUAAAAACAAUGCCAAACUUUGGAAUAAUGUUGGUCAUGCUCUGGAGAAUGAAAAGAAUUAUGCAAAAGCCUUGAAGUUCUUUAAGCAAGCCACUCACGUACAGCCAGAUGACAUAGGUGCUCAUAUGAAUGUUGGAAGGACAUACAAGAAUCUUAACAGAAGCAAAGAAGCUGAAGAAUCGUAUCUAAUUGCAAAGUCUCUUAUGCCGCAGGUAAUUCCUGGAAAGAGGUAUGCUGCCCGUGUUGCACCAAAUCACCUGAAUGUUUACAUAAAUCUUGCAAACUUGAUCCGUGCAAAUGAGUCCCGACUUGAGGAAGCUGAUCAGUUGUACAGGCAAGCAAUAAGCAUGAGACCAGACUUCAAGCAAGCGUACAUUAGCAGAGGAGAGUUACUUUUGAAAAUGAAUAAACCUUUAGAAGCUAAAGAAGCUUAUCUCAGAGCUUUGGAACUCGAUGGGAUGAAUGCAGACUUGUGGUACAAUCUUGCAAUCGUUUAUAUUGAACUGAAGGAUCCAAAUGAAGCCUUGCGAAACUUCAAUCAAGCACUUGAACUGAAUCGCCGGCAUAAGCUUGCAUUGUUUAACUCUGCUCUGCUCAUGCAGGAAUCUGGCAAUCCCAAAUUGCGACCAGAGGCUAAGAAAAGACUUUUAACUUAUGUUGAAGAGGAGCCACAUGAUGCAAAUGGUUAUUUUAAUUUGGGAAUGUUGGCCAUGGAUGAGAAGAAGGAUUUAGAAGCUGAAAAGUGGAUGAAAAAAGCCAUACAGUUACAGCAUGGUUUCCGAAGUGCCCUCUUCAACCUGGCCCUUCUCUACUCCCAGACAGCUAGGGAAUUGGAUGCUCUUCCAGUCUUGGAGGAACUUUUGCGGUACUACCCUGACCAUAUUAAAGGCCUUAUCCUGAAAGGAGAUAUCCUUAUGAAUCAAAAGAAAGAUACUAAAGGAGCCAAGAAAUGUUUUGAAAAAAUUCUAGAAAUGGAUCCCAAUAAUGUGCAGGGAAAACAUAACCUUUGUGUGGUGUAUUUUGAAGAGCGAGAUCUUUUGAGAGCUGAGAGGUGCCUUGUUGAAACACUGGCCUUAGCCCCUCAUGAGGAAUAUAUUCAGCGACAUCUCAGCAUAGUGCGCAGCAAGAUCAUGUCAAAGAAUACUGCUGGGCAGACUACCCCACCAGCAGGUGUCCAGUCAUUGCCUGAAGGACAAGGGCAGGAGGAUGACUUCAAAGGCAAAAAAAAAACUCCAUUUGAAAAAUUGCAAGAGGAAAAAGAAAUACCAAAAAUGAAUACGCCGAUAAAAAGGAAAAACAAAGAGCAAGUAAAGACUAAAAGUCAACAAGAGAAAAAUACUAACAAAGAGGUAAAGCAAAAAUCUACAAGAGAAAUCAAAGACAUUGAAAAUAAAAGAGUUGCUGCUUUGAAGCGCUUGGAGGAGAUGGAGCGUAUUCUAAGUGGAGAAUUAGCUGACGAACAUCUGUCAGACUGAAAUAGGGUGUGUGCGAAAACUUUAUUUUUCAUGUAUUGUACCCUGCACAGCCUUGAGCACAUCUGGGUGAACAUGAAAGCAGGUUAAGCAAAUAACUGUGCAGGUAUUCAACACUACUGAACGAAAUUGCCGAAUAACUUUUUGUCUACCCCAAAUUCUGUUUUAUAUUACACAACAUGAAAGCUCGGUAUACUUUU